AUGAACAGAGACGACGCACACCUCCCCGACGGCUGGACACGACAACACGACCCGCGCAAGGCGCACGACUUCUACGUCGACACGCUCGCCUCGCCCCCGCGCUCGAUCUGGCACCACCCGUUCGACGACGACCGAUUCCUCGACGCGCACCCGGACGUCCGCGCGCCGCGGUACGCGCCGCCUCCCGGAUCUCCCGGCGCGAGCCCCGCCGCGCGCGACCACAUAGGCGCGAACGACGAGCGGGCGGCCGACGUCCAAAACGCGAGAGCGCCGCAGGAGGUGGGCGGCGGGGGGCAAGGUGGAGGAGGCGGGAUGAUGGGAAAGCUGAAGGGGAUCAAGGAGGCGCACGACGCGCGCAAGCAGGAGAAGAACGACCAGCAGCUCCGGCAGUCUAUGGAGGGGCAACAGCAACAGCCGCUGACGGGCGAUGCAAGAGGCGCGCGAGGCGGAGGCGGACCGGGCGUGGUCAUGUUUGCGCCGCCGGCGGGCGAUCCGUUCAUGACCGGAGGCGGUGGAGGCCUAGGUGGUCCACUCGGUGGUGGUGGGAUGCUCGGUGGAGGAGGCAUGGGAGGAGCAGGCGGUAUGGGAGGAGGCGGUGGAGGCGGAGGCGAAGGCGGCAAACUGGCAGCCAAAGCGGCUGGGAUGGCGAUGAAGCACGCGAUGAAAGCCGGUCAGGGCGGAGGUGGGAUGAUGGGCAGUGGCGCCGGUAUGGGGCAGGGCGGCGGUAUGAUGGAUGGGAUGGGAGGGAUGGGGCAGGGCGGAGGAGGCGGUAUGAUGGACGGGAUGGGAGGUGGUGGUGGAAUGGGAGGAUUGGACGGGACGGGUGGUGGUGGGAUGGGAGGGCUGGACGGGAUGGGCGGGGGAGGCGGAGGGCUGCCGAGUGCGCUUGAUGGCGCAGGAGGAGGAGGAGGAGGCGGUGGCGGGCUCUCGGAUAUGUUGUCAGAUUUCUGA